UCAACAGGUUACUCCUCCUCUGCCUCCUCCCUCUCCUCGAGGAGAAAGCGUGGGGCCGCCAGGCUGUGCCGCCUGAGGGGCGCGGACACCUAAGCGGCCAAGGAGACGGGAACAACUCGGGGCCCGCGGAAAGGAGGAAGGAAGGAAGGUCGUUCCGAGACGCGAGCAGUGCCGCGGCCUCGCGGAGGGAUCCGGCCCCGGCCCGGCGGAGGGAUCCGGCCGCCCGCUCACUUCCGGAAAAGUCCUGGCCUCGGGAGGAAAAGCCCCGCAGGAAACAAUAACAAACGCGAGGAGGCGGCGACCCGGGGGUUUCUGCUGUCGAGCGGCUCUGGCUGGCGAAGAUGAGCCGCGGCCCCUGUCAGCGGACGUGAAAGGCUUCGGUGGGCGUCCAGCCAGCCUCCGUCCACCUGUUCGCCCUCAGCCCGCCCGGGCGCCCCCUGGGCUUGGCCAUGGCGGGCGUGGGGCCGGGGGGCUACGCGGCGGAGUUCGUGCCGCCGCCGGAGUGCCCCGUCUUUGAGCCCAGCUGGGAGGAGUUCACCGACCCGCUGAGCUUCAUCGGCCGCAUCCGGCCGCUGGCGGAGAAAACCGGCAUCUGCAAAAUCCGACCGCCCAAGGAUUGGCAGCCUCCAUUUGCCUGUGAAAUAAAAAGUUUCCGUUUCACUCCUAGGGUACAGCGCCUAAAUGAACUUGAGGCAAUGACCAGAGUGAGACUGGACUUCUUAGAUCAACUGGCAAAAUUUUGGGAACUUCAGGGUUCUACAUUGAAGAUACCUGUGGUGGAGAGAAAGAUCCUGGAUCUGUAUUCUUUGAGCAAGAUUGUUGCCAGCAAAGGAGGUUUUGAAAUGGUCACCAAGGAGAAGAAAUGGUCUAAAGUGGGAAGCCGCUUAGGAUAUCUGCCAGGAAAAGGAACUGGAUCUCUUUUGAAGUCACACUAUGAAAAAAUUCUCUACCCGUAUGAGCUUUUCCAAUCUGGUGUUAGUCUUAUGGGUGUACAAAUGCCUAAUUUAGAUCUUAAGGAAAAAGUGGAGCCUGAGGUUCUUGGCGCUGAUGUCCAAACAUCCCCAGAGCCUGGUACAAGAAUGAACAUUCUGCCGAAGAGAACAAGACGUGUCAAGUCUCAGUCAGAAUCUGGAGAAGUGGCUCGAAACACAGAACUGAAAAAACUUCGAAUUUUUGGGGCUGGUCCUAAAGUUGUGGGCCUGACUAUGGGAACAAAGGAUAAAGAAGACGAGGUCUCCCGAAGACGAAAAGUUACCAACAGGUCAGACGCAUUUAACAUGCAAAUGAGACAACGGAAAGGAACUCUCUCUGUUAACUUUGUUGAUCUCUAUGUGUGUAUGUUUUGUGGUCGGGGAAAUAAUGAAGAUAAGCUGCUUUUGUGUGAUGGAUGUGAUGACAGUUACCAUACAUUUUGUUUAAUUCCCCCACUACCUGAUGUGCCCAAAGGAGACUGGAGGUGUCCUAAAUGUGUUGCUGAGGAAUGUAAUAAACCUCGGGAAGCCUUUGGAUUUGAACAAGCUGUACGGGAGUAUACACUUCAGAGCUUUGGAGAGAUGGCAGAUAAUUUUAAGUCUGAUUAUUUCAAUAUGCCAGUUCAUAUGGUUCCCACUGAAUUAGUGGAAAAGGAAUUCUGGCGGCUGGUGAGCAGCAUUGAAGAAGAUGUUAUUGUAGAAUAUGGAGCUGAUAUCUCCUCAAAAGACUUUGGCAGUGGAUUUCCUGUGAAGGAUGGCCAGAGAAAAAUGCUACCAGAAGAAGAGGAAUAUGCACUUUCUGGUUGGAACUUGAAUAACAUGCCUGUCCUAGAGCAGUCUGUUCUUGCCCAUAUUAAUGUAGACAUCUCUGGUAUGAAGGUGCCAUGGCUCUAUGUGGGGAUGUGUUUCUCUUCUUUUUGCUGGCAUAUUGAAGAUCACUGGAGUUAUUCAAUCAACUAUUUGCACUGGGGGGAGCCAAAGACAUGGUAUGGAGUGCCGUCUCACGCUGCAGAACAGCUGGAGGAGGUGAUGAGGGAGCUGGCCCCCGAGUUAUUUGAAUCUCAGCCUGAUCUCCUACAUCAAUUAGUCACCAUUAUGAACCCCAAUGUGCUAAUGGAACAUGGUGUACCUGUGUACAGGACCAAUCAGUGUGCUGGCGAGUUUGUUGUGACGUUUCCUCGUGCCUAUCACUCUGGAUUUAAUCAGGGUUACAACUUUGCUGAAGCUGUGAACUUCUGUACUGCUGACUGGUUACCUAUUGGACGCCAGUGUGUUAAUCAUUACCGACGGCUAAGACGCCACUGUGUCUUUUCACACGAGGAACUCAUUUUCAAGAUGGCAGCAGAUCCAGAAUGCUUAGAUGUUGGACUGGCUGCCAUGGUCUGCAAAGAAUUGACUCUCAUGACUGAAGAAGAGACACGAUUAAGAGAGUCCGUUGUGCAAAUGGGUGUCCUGAUGUCAGAAGAAGAAGUAUUUGAACUUGUUCCUGAUGAUGAACGACAGUGUUCAGCAUGCAGAACCACAUGUUUUCUCUCUGCUCUCACAUGCUCCUGUAAUCCCGAGAGACUUGUUUGUCUCUACCAUCCAACGGAUCUGUGCCCCUGCCCCAUGCAGAAGAAAUGUCUUAGAUACCGCUACCCAUUAGAAGAUCUUCCUUCUCUGCUCUAUGGUGUGAAAGUCAGGGCACAAUCCUAUGACACUUGGGUCAGUCGUGUUACAGAAGCGUUGUCCGCCAACUUCAGCCACAAGAAAGACUUGAUUGAAUUACGGGUAAUGCUGGAAGAUGCUGAGGAUAGGAAAUACCCAGAAAAUGAUCUCUUUCGGAAACUUAGGGAUGCUGUUAAAGAAGCUGAGACCUGUGCUUCUGUGGCUCAGCUGCUUCUGAGCAAAAAGCAGAAACACAGGCAGAGCCCAGAUAGUGGGAGGACUCGGACCAAACUAACAGUGGAAGAAUUGAAGGCCUUUGUUCAACAGCUUUUCAGUCUGCCAUGUGUCAUCAGCCAAGCCCGACAAGUAAAGAACCUGCUGGAUGAUGUGGAAGAAUUUCAUGAACGCGCUCAAGAGGCCAUGAUGGAUGAAACCCCAGACUCUUCCAAACUCCAGCUUUUGAUAGAUAUGGGGUCUAGUCUCUACGUGGAGUUACCUGAAUUAGCUCGACUAAAGCAAGAACUACAACAAGCUCGAUGGUUGGAUGAAGUUAGACUGACCUUGUCAGAUCCACAGCAAGUCACUUUGGAUGUCAUGAAGAAACUGAUAGACUCUGGGGUGGGACUAGCACCCCAUCAUGCUGUGGAGAAAGCAAUGGCUGAACUACAGGAGCUCCUUACAGUCUCUGAGCGAUGGGAAGAGAAGGCUAAGGUCUGCCUACAGGCAAGGCCGCGACACAGCAUGGCAAGUUUAGAAAGCAUUGUGAAUGAAGCUAAGAACAUCCCAGCCUUUCUACCCAACGUGUUGUCUCUUAAAGAAGCCUUACAAAAGGCCCGAGAAUGGACAACCAAAGUGGAAGCUAUUCAGAGUGGCAGCAACUAUGCUUAUCUGGAGCAGCUGGAGAGCUUAUCUGCUAAAGGACGCCCUAUCCCUGUGCGUCUUGAUGCGUUACCCCAAGUAGAAUCCCAGGUAGCAGCAGCGCGGGCAUGGAGGGAGCGGACUGGGAGGACCUUUCUUAAGAAGAAUUCUAGUCAUACGUUGCUCCAGGUGCUGAGUCCUCGAACUGACAUUGGUAUAUAUGGGAGUGGUAAAAACAGAAGGAAAAAAGUAAAGGAACUAAUAGAAAAAGAGAAGGAAAAGGAUCUGGACCUUGAACCUCUUAGUGAUCUGGAUGAAGGAUUGGAGGAAACUAGGGAUACAGCCAUGGUGGUGGCAGUUUUCAAAGAACGGGAGCAAAAAGAAAUUGAAGCCAUGCAUUCCCUCAGAGCAGCCAACCUAGCCAAGAUGACAAUGGUGGAUCGCAUAGAAGAAGUAAAAUUCUGCAUUUGUCGCAAGACUGCCAGUGGGUUUAUGCUACAGUGUGAGCUUUGCAAAGACUGGUUCCAUAACAGCUGUGUUCCCCUUCCUAAAUCAAGUUCCCAGAAAAAAGGAUCUAGCUGGCAGGCUAAAGAAGUUAAAUUCCUUUGCCCUCUAUGUAUGAGGUCUCGGAGGCCAAGACUGGAGACUAUUCUGUCACUCCUGGUAUCCCUUCAGAAAUUGCCUGUCAGAUUGCCUGAAGGAGAGGCCUUGCAGUGCUUGACUGAACGUGCUAUGAGUUGGCAAGACAGAGCCCGGCAGGCCCUAGCCACAGAUGAACUGUCCUCUGCCCUGGCCAAACUCUCUGUGUUAAGCCAGCGUAUGGUAGAACAGGCAGCUCGAGAAAAAACAGAAAAGAUUAUCAGUGCAGAACUCCAAAAAGCAGCUGCCAAUCCAGACUUACAGGGACACUUACCUAGUUUCCAGCAGUCUGCUUUUAAUCGUGUGGUGAGCAGUGUUUCUUCUUCCCCUCGACAAACAGUGGACUAUGAUGAUGAAGAAACAGAUUCUGAUGAGGACAUUCGGGAGACAUAUGGCUAUGACAUGAAGGACACAGCCAGUGUGAAGUCCUCUAGUAGUCUGGAACCCAAUCUUUUUUGUGAUGAAGAGAUUCCCAUCAAGUCUGAGGAAGUGGUGACUCACAUGUGGACAGCACCUUCAUUCUGUGCAGAACAUGCUUAUUCCUCUGCUUCUAAGAGUUGUUCUCAAGGUAUAAAACAUUGGCAGGGCUGGAGAGAAAGAAUAGUGGUUUCUAGCACUCCAAGGAAACAACCUCGGAAGAGCCCUUUGGUACCUCGAAGUUUGGAGCCUCCAGUGUUGGAGUUGUCACCUGGAGCUAAAGCCCAGCUAGAAGAACUUAUGAUGGUUGGAGAUCUCCUAGAGGUAUCUCUGGAUGAGACUCAGCAUAUAUGGAGGAUUUUGCAGGCCACACACCCACCCUCUGAAGACAGAUUUCUGCAUAUUAUGGAGGAUGACAGUAUAGAAGAAAAACCAUUGAAAGUUAAAGGAAAAGACUCUUCAGAGAAGAAACGGAAACGGAAGCUAGAAAAGGCAGAACAGCUUUUUGGAGAAGGGAAACAGAAGUCCAAGGAAUUGAAGAAAAUGGAUAAACCUAAAAAGAAGAAAUUAAAAUUAAAUGCAGAAAAAUCAAAAGAACUAAACAAGCUGGCCAAGAAACUAGCUAAAGAAGAAGAGAGGAAGAAAAAGAAGGAAAAGGCUGCUGCAGCCAAGGUUGAAAUUGUAAAAGAGAACACUGAAAAGAAGAGAGAGAAAAAAGUGCUGGACAUCCCCUCAAAGUACGACUGGUCAGGAGCUGAGGAGUCGGAUGAUGAGAAUGCUGUGUGUGCAGCACAGAACUGCCAGCGGCCCUGCAAAGACAAGGUAGACUGGGUACAGUGUGAUGGUGGCUGUGAUGAGUGGUUUCAUCAAGUUUGUGUGGGUGUAUCUCCAGAAAUGGCUGAAAAUGAAGAUUACAUCUGUAUAAACUGUGCAAAGAAGCAAGGGCCAGAUAGCCCAGAUCAAGCACCACCUCCUUCCUUCCUAAUGAGCUACAAACUACCAAUGGAAGAUCUUAAGGAGACUAGUUAGCAGAUGCUAGGUUAGCCUGGGACUUGGGGGAAAAUGGACCACAUUGAGACAUUAGUCAUCAAUUAGAGUGGUUUAGAUCCACUCGGAAUAUUGCUUCCAAAGACGAAUGGCGUACAGAGAAAGUCCUCUUGGCUGACUUCCUCUUUGCAUGGAAUGUGUGAUCUACAUUCUCUAUCAGCACAUCUGUGCAUAGGGUGUCUUCUUUGGUACUGCAGCUGAUAAUUGCAAUUCAUGUCUCCUUAGAGUGUUUUGUUGCACUAAGGCCAGGCAUUUGAUUCAGCUCAAGGGUGACUGGUUGGCAUUCAUAAGUUGGUGUGCUAGCAUGGCACGCAGAAUGUGGCUUAUGGCCAGUUGAUAGUAGAAGUUUACAACCAAGGGGCAGUACCCUCUGAAGGUGCUGAUUGCUUGGAUCUCCAUUGGCUAGUUGGAAAGGAGUACUUUCAGAGUAUCACUUUCCUUCCACUAUUGUUACUUGGCACUUAAUAUCCUUCUGAUACAGUUAGGAGAGGAACAAGGAUGAGGACUGCUACUGUUAGAAUGGUUGAGACAGUAGCAGUUUGGGAGACCUCAGUUCCUUGUGCUUGUUUGCACCUAGAAGAAAAUCCCAAGUGAGAGGCAGAUUAGUUUAUUAGUUUAUUCCUGAGCAGGAGAAUGUAAUCUAGCUGAGAAAUCUGACUAGAUUGCAUUCUGGAAAGAAGAGCUUUUCUUAUUUCAAGGCAAGAAUCUUUGGGAAGCCUUGCUCCCUUGGGUCUGCAUACCAGAGAAGAGAGCAGGUCCAUGGAUCCAGGCUUCUGCAAAAGAAAAAGAAGACAAGUCAGGAUGUUGUACUGAGCCGCAGUGAUGCAUGCUUUUCGGGGAACCUUCACACGUAUACCAGAUAACCACCAGGCUUCAGGCAUGGCCGUGAGCACCAAGACCAGCAAAUAACAGCUUUUGCCUUGCAGCCCUGACCCCAGUGUCUACUGUUUGCGAUACCGGCAAUUUCUGGUUGUGACCCACAGCAGAUGCUGUUGACUAACACCACGCCUUCAUCCGAGAAUGUGAGGUUGUACCUCUGGGUGAUGAAGUUGUUUUAGUAAAUCCAUUUUUUUAAAAAGGACUUGUUUUUACUUUUUUCUAAAUGUCUCUGACUACUGACUGUUCUAUAAAUAGAUUAUUUUUCCUUUUUUAAUAUACAUAUAUGAAUAUAUAUAUAUUUACUGUUACCAGCAGCAUAUGACAGUUUCAGCAUUGAAAAUUCAUUUGGGGCUUCCUUUCUCUUGCAUUUUAAUAAUAAAAACAAACAAUAAAAAAACAAAUCCCAUUCCUUCCUUGUAGUACAAGGAGUUAGCGCUUCCUUCUCCAUGCUAGUCUGAUCAGAUUUUUCCACCUUAUUUUUGUCCAGAUAGAUAGUCAGAUUUCCUUCAUGUGUUGGGACUUGUCCCUGUCUUUUGGGAAACAGUUUUAUUGUAUCUUGUGAUGGCUGUUUUGUACGUGAAUGUUUGAAACUAUGGUGCUGUGUCUUCCUCCCUCCUGUUCUCUGUUCUUAUUAAGAUGUUAGGUAAGCUGGAUGAAAACUCUUACUAGAAGGGGACUCCUUUUUUUUUUUUUACAGGGGGAAACCUAACUCACUAAAAAGUGUUUUGUCUUCACUGUUCUAUGUCCCUUUAUUUUGGUUUAGCAUUCUGUGGUUUCACUUAAAUACUUCUUUUUUUUCUUUCAAAGGGGAGAAAGCAGGGCCUAAAGGACAGUCUCAGACCUCUUGGCUGUUUGCCCCUCUCUCUUUUAAAGAAAUGUCUUCUAGUAACUAGAAGUGAAAUGUACUGUCCAGUUACAGUUUGAGUGGGUAUGAGAUUUAACUCAAAAGGCAUCUAUUUAAAAAAAAAAAAAGGCAAAUGAUUUCCUGUAAACCCCAGUUUCUGUAAAUGCUUUUUCUCUACACUUCAUACAACUCUAGUCACUCUUCUAAAACUCAAAACAUUUCAGUGUUUUGACUAAUUAGUAGUGUCCUAAGCUCUACUAGACAUACUAUGUCUUGAGCUUUCAUAGUGAAUAUUUAUAUGAUUUAAUGCUCUCAUGGACAUUGCAAGGGUAACUUAACAAGUUCAUAAGUUUCUGUUUGACUAAACUAAUUGAAGAUACUAGUUAAGAAUUCCAUUGGGUGGAUGUGUUAGAAGAAAGCACUUUUUUUUUUUUUUUGGUCUUUUGAUCUUUAAAAAUAUCUUAAUGCUUGUGGGUUAAAAACUGAAGAGAUUGUUACCUGGAAUACAUUCAAAGAAAGUAUUUUUUCUUCCUCGUCACCAUUAGCUCAAACAUCAUUGGAAAGGCAUGAGGUUAUGAAAAAGGUGGUGGUUAGUUAAGGUAUUUUCUUUUGGGAGUAAGGUGGAUAGAUAAGGAUGGCUACAUUUAGGUUGUAAUUUAAGUCCUAUAUAUGGUCAUCUUCUGGAGACCCUAGAGAAAAAUGUAAGAUCCUCUACUAUGAAUAAUUUCCUGUUUAUCUUGUAACAUUUUAAAACUUAGAUAUGUAAUUUAGUUGAUUAUAACUAAGUUAAAUAUAUAAAUUAUAUAAAUUCAGUUGUGGGAUUUUCUGUAUUUAUUUGGAAGUCAUAGAGAAUUUGGUCUGACUGAACCUUAUAUUAGACUAGGCUGAGAAGAACAGAUGGGAGAAAAUAGAAAAAAAAUAAUAUGCAAACCUCUUACAUUGGAACUGAUAAACUAAGAUUAAUCUACGUAAAAAUAAGCUAAUGUUCUAAAUAAAACAUUGUUUUCUUUACAGUAAAUUACUUAUUUACCAUUUACUCCAUUUUCUAGUAUUUUUAAUAUUUUGUAUUGAAACUUGAUUCUAAAUGUUUAUUUACAUUCCUAUCUCCUUGAAGUUGCAAUUCUUCGCCAUUGGUAUUUAAACCUAUAUAUUCUUCGAAAGACAUUUCUUACUACCUUCGUCAUAAGCUAUUUUGGUAAAAGCUAUAGAAAGAAAAAUUAAAACUGGUAAGUCUUGAUAUCUCAGAGAGUAGCUCAUUGUAUCUAUGCAAACCCCAUGUUUACAAGUACAACUUGAGUAUUAGUAACUAGCUUUUUUGUUGGGGUAAAAGUGACAUUUUCCUUCCACAUAUUUAUUUCACUCUCUGGUAGUUACUACAGACAAAGCCAUACUGAGAUGUUGAGCCUAGAUACCCUUACUAAAUUGCUGCAAACCAGCUUUGCACUGCAUAAUUAAAAUCUGUGCUUUGAUAUAACUAGAAGUUAUUUUAUAUCAUCCUAGGAGUAAUUGAAAAGGUAAACAUUAAAUCUGUGACUCCCCACAAUGUACUUUGUUAAAAACCAAGCAAAAUAUAAUAGAUCUGUAAACUGAGAUUUUUUUUUUAACCUGUGCUUCACUUCUGAUCUUCUCUGCUUUUGUCUCUAACAAGUGUCCAAGAGAUGUCAGUGUUGUUUUUCUUAAUUUUUAGAUUCUGGAUAUGAUUCACUGCACAUACAAUAAAUUCUGUGCUUUUCUAUAUUUUAAUUCUGUAGUAUAAUUUUGUGAACCUUAGCCUGUAGUUAAAUUUGACAAUGCAAGUGAAAAUUAAGAAAGCCUUUCUGUCAUAGUAUGGGAUUAAUGCACUUUUAAAAAGGAAAAAGUGACUCUAAAUUUAGAGUACGAUUUGAAAACUGUAAGUUGUGGGAAAAUUCAUCAAUUAAAGUCCCACACGUAACCAGGUUCAAUAAAAGUCUACAUUUGAACUAGCUUUGUAUGCCUGUAAAAAGUUGCUUUUGCAAUAGAUCUUUAUAAAUUUUAUAAAGCUGGGCAAUUGAUUUGCCUUUUCCUUUUUUAAACCCCUCCUAUCCCCCCCUUUUUUUUUUUGUUUAAAGCAUAUCAUUAACUAUGGAUUGCCAUGAUAUGGAUAAUUUACAGCAUGAGAAGGAAAAGAACGGAUGUUAAUUUAUUUUGGGAUUGCUGUCUUCUCUCAGCUUGGAUCAUAUCCAGUCAUCACUAUGCAAUGAAUGAUGUGCACUGGGAGAAGGCUCUGAUGGUUUUUUAAAGAUGUAUCCUGCUUAUUUUCACUUCCGCAAUACUCCAAGAUGUCUGAACAGGAAUGCCUUUGUAAACCUCUAGAACCCCUGUUGAUUAUUCCCUUGCAUAUUUAUUUACUUGUUAGUGACACUUAAAUAUAAUAGGGACCCUAUUUCCCAGGGUUUUUGGUGGUGCCUUAUGAAAAGUAUAACUUGAUUUCUUGUUUUAUGAGCAUGUUCUGUGUUUUGUUUUCUGAAAGAGUAUUAGAUUUGGUAGUUUACAUGAAAAAAAAAAUAAAAGUUUUGUGUCUUCAGGCUCA